GGCCGGCGGUGCCGGAGGCCAAAGACUCUCGUCGCGAGGGUAGUAGACGCGCGUCGCGUUUUCCGCCGGACCUCUUCCGCUCUCGGGUCUACUUAUCUGUGCCCUCCUCUCUCUCCCUCUUUCUCUCACUCGUUCUCUCAACCCCUCGGUACCCCGUGAUCCCGGACACCCCGUCCAUCGCAUCCCCCGGCGGUGCGCUCCUCGCCGAGAUAUCCGAACGCUCGCAGCCGGCUUUUAGACUGGCCGCGCGCCGCGUAUGCACCGCGUGCACUCGCGACAGCAUCCUCGCCGACACCGUGACAACACGCUGCUCGUCCUCGUCGUCCGUCAGCAAGAGCACUGCCACGUUUCUGCGCGGCGCGUCGUGCACGGUGACGAGGACGACGACGGCGACGGCAACGGCGAGAACGACGGCGGUAGAUCACGAGGAUCGGAGUAACGUGCAUCAUCGUUCCUCGCUGCGAGUUAGACACCGGGUCGUUCGGUGGCCGAGCGUGGGAUUCGACCACAGGAUCGAAGGAUGCUGGCCCGCUGCCUAAUCUUCGCAGGUGUAACCGCUGUAGUAACGUCCGCGGGCGGGCACAGCUUUGACGCGCACUUGCGCGGCCCCAGCUUCCAGCAGGAACCGCCAUCGAGGAUCGAAUUCUCGAAUUCCAGCGGCGCUUGGCUGGACUGCUCGGCCUCCGGAAGUCCGCAACCCAAUAUCGACUGGUCCACCGCGGACGGGCAUCCGGUGAACGAUGUUUCGGGCGUCCGGAGGGUGCUCAGAAACGGCACCCUGGUACUCCUGCCGUUUCCGGCUGCGGCCUAUCGGCAGGACGUUCACAGCGCGGCGUACAGAUGCGUCGCGAGCAACUCCGUCGGCAGGGUGCUCAGCCGCGACGUGCAGGUCAGAGCAGUGGUGGCACAGGCGUACAAAGUCGACGUGGAGGUGACGGGGGGUGCAUCGAGAGGAUGCACAGCGAUAUUGCGCUGCAUCAUACCCAGCUACGUGAAAGAUUUGGUGCGCGUCGUAUCCUGGUUGCACGAGCCUUCGUCCUACAUAUAUCCCUCGCUGCAAGGAGACGGCAAGUACCACCUGCUUCCCACGGGAGAGCUUCUGGUGCACAGCCUCGAGUUCAGCGACCAGCUGAACGGCUACAGAUGCCGCACGAUGCACCGUCUCACGAGACAAGUGGUCGUUAGUUCUAUGGCCAACAUUAGGAUAGCAGAUCACAGAGGCGUAAUGCCUCCCGUGAUACUCGAAAACUCCGGCGUCGUUCACGUCGCCCAGGACGAAUCGACGUCGUUAGUCUGCGUGGCGCAAGCCUGCCCCUCUCCUGAAUACCGGUGGUACGCGCAAACGGGCGCAGAACCGAUGUUGGUGCUCUCUGGACCCAAGACCAGGCUGCUGGGUUCUGUGCUAGCCAUCGAGGCGGUAACAUUGGAGGAUAGUGGCGUGUACCGCUGUUCCGCUUCCAAUUCUGGUGGUGAAGCAAGCGCCGAGAUCAGACUGAUCGUGACGGCGCCGCUCCACGUGGAAGUGACACCCCCCUUGCUCAGCGUGCACUUGGGAGGCAACGCUGAGUUCCGAUGCGAGGUUAGCACGCACCCCCAAGCUGGACCGCAUUUUAUCACGUGGUACAAGGACGGUCGGCAACUUCCAGGGACAGGAAGGCAAUCGGAAUUGCUGAGGCUCAACGGAAUCGGACGGGAGGACCGCGGCAUGUAUCAGUGCAUCGUGAGACGAUCGGAAGGCGACACGGCUCAGGCGUCGGCGGAACUUCAACUGGGCGACGCGCCGCCGGUGCUCCUCUACUCGUUCAUCGAGCAGACGCUGCAACCUGGACCCGCCGUGUCCUUAAAAUGCUCUGCCGCGGGAAACCCUACACCUCAGGUAUCAUGGGCGUUGGAUGGUUUUCCCUUACCAACUGGUAAUGGAAGGUUCGUCAUCGGUCAAUACGUGACGGUGCACGGCGACGUCAUAUCUCACGUCAACAUAAGCCACGUCAUGGUGGAGGACGGUGGCGAAUAUUCCUGCACCGCCGAAAAUCGCGCGGGAAAGGUGACACAUGCCGCGCGGUUGAACGUUUACGGACUUCCGUACAUACGCCUGAUCCCGAAAGUGACCGCUGUCGCCGGCGAGACCCUGCGCCUGAAGUGUCCGGUGGCCGGAUAUCCGAUCGAGGAGAUCAAGUGGGAGCGAGCGAAUCGCGAGUUACCGGACGACCUGCGGCAGAAGGUGCUCCUGGACGGCACUCUGAUAAUCAGCAGCGUGCAGAAGGAGGGCGACGCGGGCGUGUACACUUGCUGGGCGAGGAACAAGCAGGGCCACAGCGCCAGAAGAUCCGGAGACGUCGCAGUGAUCGUUCCCCCCAAAAUUAGCCCGUUCACGGCAGAUCGCGACCUGCACCUCGGCGAGCGCACCACCCUCACGUGCUCGGUGACGAGAGGCGAUCUGCCGCUGUCCAUCACGUGGCUCAAGGACGGACGCUCGAUGGGGCCGUCGGAGCGCGUCACUGUCACCAAUAUGGACCAGUACAAUAGCAUACUGAUGAUUGAAAGUUUAUCUCCAGAUCACAACGGCAACUACUCGUGCGUGGCCCGUAACGUGGCCGCAGAGGUAUCGCGCACGCAGCGGCUUGUGGUUCAUGUACCCCCUAUUAUUGAGCCAUUUACGUUCCAAGAGGGACUAUCCGAGGGGAUGCGGACGCGGACGGUGUGCGGGGUCGCGGCGGGAGACCCACCCCUAACCAUAUCCUGGCUGAAAGACGGCCAAAGUCCCUUUCCCCUGCCGCCGAAUCUGGCAUCCGUCGCAAACGUCUCCCAACUGGAUUCCUACUCGAGCCUCCUCAGUAUAACGAAUCUCGCGGCCGAGCACUCCGGCGACUAUACCUGCAUCGCCGCGAACCCCGCCGCCGAGGUCAGGUACACGGCCAAGCUACAGGUAAAAGUGCCGCCGAGAUGGAUCGUCGAGCCGACCGACGUGAGCGUCGAGCGGAAUCGCCACGUCGCGCUGCACUGCCAGGCACAGGGCGUCCCGACGCCGACGAUCGUCUGGAAAAAGGCCACUGGAAGCAAGGCCGGUGAUUACGAGGAGUUGCGCGAAAGAACGUAUACGAAAAUCCUCAGUAACGGCACUCUCCUGCUGCAACACGUGAAAGAAGACAGGGAGGGUUUCUACCUGUGCCACGCGAGCAACGGCAUAGGGAGCGGUCUCGGCAAAGUCGUGCAAUUAAAAGUCAAUUCAUCCCCCUAUUUCGCGGCGCCGUCGCGGCUUGUGACCGUAAAGAAGGGUGACACGACGACAUUGCACUGCGAGGUACACGGCGAUAAGCCGGUCACCGUUACCUGGCUGAAGGGUGGCAAAAGCGAGCUGAAUCCCUCGACGAAUUACCGCGUGGCGGUGAAGCAGGAAGUAACACCGGACGGCGUCAUCGCGCAAUUGCAAAUCUCAUCGGCGGAAGCGGCCGACAGCGGCGCGUACUUCUGCCAGGCGAACAACCUUUACGGCCGCGAUCAGCAGCUGGUGCAACUCCUCGUGCAAGAGCCGCCACAGCCACCGAAUGCCAUAGAAACCGCCAUGGUGGCGAGUCGCAGCAUUAACGUUAAGUGGCAGCACAAAUCGCAGGACACCAGCGAGGUCACCAAGUAUAUUCUUGAGUACAAAGAGGGUGAAGGCGGAACGUGGGAGAAGCAAGAGCUUACCGGGCCACCAUUGCCGUACGCGGCGUUAAUCGACAACCUAAAGCCCGCUACGAGAUACAAGAUCCGCGUAAUAGCGGAAGGGCCAGCGGGCCGAUCGGUGCCCUCGGCGGAGCUCGUUGUCAGGACCGAUCCGCAGAGACCGGCCGGUCCACCAAUAAACGUCGCGGCCAGAGCCCUGUCCUCAUCCGAGAUCCUCGUCACUUGGUCACCGCCGUCACCCGACCUUCGUCAUGGUGACAUACAGGGCUUCAAUGUCGGCUACAGAGAAACGAGCUCGAACAAUCUGUCGUACAACUUCAGCGCCGUGUCGGGCGACGGGGAGGAAGGUGGUGGCGAGCUGCGGCUCACGGGCCUCAGGCCUUACACCAGAUACACCCUGGUGGUACAAGCGUACAAUCAAAUCGGUCCAGGACCCCUGAGCGAACCGCUGCUCACGCAGACCUUGGAGGAUGUUCCCAGCAUGCCACCGAGCGACGUGAGAUGCGCGGCACUCAGCUCCCAGUCCUUGCAAGUGUCCUGGCAGCCUCCGCCCAAUACGCACAGCAACGGCAUCAUCCAAGGUUACAAGUUGAAUUACGAGCCGAUCUUGGCGGACGCGUGGCGAGGGGUGGAUGAGAUAGAGGUUCGCAAAACAAGCACCCUGACGAUGGUUCUAACCGGGUUGAGGCGCUACACUAAUUACAGUAUCCAGGUCUUAGCGCAUACCAGGAUCGGCGACGGCGUGCCCUCCGCAAUGAUUUACUGCCAGACGGAGGAAGACGUGCCUGGCAGUCCAGCCGACAUCAAAGUAGUCGUGAGCUCGCCGCAAGCCCUCUUCAUCUCAUGGCUACCGCCGCUCGAUCCGAACGGGGUUAUCACGAAGUACAUCCUUUACACGAGACUCGUCGACGGCGGUGAGUUCAAGCACGGCAAAAGGCAGCUGCCAGCAACGAGCACGAACUUCGAGGCGACCGAUCUGCAGCAGCACGUCGAGUACCAGUUCUGGGUGACCGGUAGCACGCGGGUGGGCGAGGGUCAGAGUUCGAGGGUGGUCGCGCAGGUGCCGACGAAUCGGGUGCCGGCCAGGAUCACGUCAUUCGGCGGGCACGUGGUGCGCCCGUGGCAGAGCUCGAUCACCUUGGCGUGCAACGCGGUCGGCGAGCCUACGCGGGAGUGGUUCAAGGGCACCAUGGAGCAGAUACGCACCGACACUGCCAGGAACGUGCGGAUCCUGCCGACCGGCGAGCUCCUGCUGUCGAACCUGCAGUCGCAGGACAGCGGGAACUACACCUGCCAGGUGGAGAACUCCCAGGGCAGCGACAAGCUGCAUUACACCCUCACGGUGCAAGUUCCACCCAACGCCCCGGUAUUGUACGUGACCAGCUCCACAUCAAGCAGCGUGUUGCUGCAUUGGAAAUCAGAGAAUAACGGUGGUGCGCCGCUGACGGGAUACACGUUGUAUUAUCGAACUGCUCAUGGUACCCUCGAUGAGCUACAGCUGUCUCGUCACGCUACCAGCCACGAGCUGAAGGGUCUCCUAUGCGGAAACACGUAUCAGCUGUACUUGACUUCGCACAACAACAUCGGCAGCAGCCCGUCAUCGCCGGUGCUCUCGGUUCGCACGCAGGGCCAAGCACCGGGAAUUCCACCGGCGGCUGCCUUCCUGAGCCCCAACUCCACUACCCUGGUGCUGCGUCUGCACAUCUGGCCCGACAACGGGUGCCCCAUAAAGUACUUCGUCAUUCAGUACAGGCCGAUAAACGAGUUCCACUGGACCCUGGUCUCGAACAACGUCAAGAUGCAGCGGCGCUACGUUGUAACUAAUCUGGCACCCAGCUCGGUCUACCAGCUGAAGAUCGAGGCUCAUAACGUGGCCGGUAGCAAUCAGGCGGAGUUCACGUUCGUGACGCUGACGAAGGAGGGUGAACCACCACCCCCAGGACUAUCGAAGCGAGGGAUGACCUCGGUGAUGCCGUUCUAUGCGGAUGUCAAGGUGAUGUUACCGUUGAUCGUGGCCACCGUUGCGCUGGUCGCCGCUGCGGUGAUCGUCGCCUUUCGCUGGAAGAACAGAUACUUAGGGGGUCACGUGCAGCGACCGAUGAAGGAGUCGCAGGAGAACCAACAAAACGCCGAGACACAACGGGAACGUUAUUACGCUACUAUACACAAAGUGGCCUUGCAGCAGGCGGCAAGCACUGGCGCGGGCCCUGAUAAGAUUCCAGAGACAGCGGAGGACAUUUCGCCGUACGCUACGUUCCAGCUUUCGGAGGGUGGCGGGGGAAGCCUGGCAGGAUUGGGCGCGCUGGGCGGACUGGGAGGCGCGGCGGAGGCUACGGCCGGGCUUCAUCCGAACAACACGCUUCUCCACAGCUUCAUGUAUCACGAGCACGCCAUGACCGAAGGAUGCGCGAGCCCACCACCGGCGGCGGCGAGCAUGAAGAGCGUCUCGUCGAGAAGACGGCAGCAGAGAAAACAGCAAACCCCGGGCGAUGUCGAGAGCGACGAGAGCGAGUCUGACCCGGACCAACUGAUAAGCUCGCGCACGGAAUCGUCGAAUCAACUGGACGCUGGCAAAUUAAAACAUAUUCGCGCGGUUUCGGACUUUAUCUAUCACGGCACGUCGAGCACCUCUUCGGACAUCUCGCCCAUGUCGGAACAAAAGUCACUGCCGCGAAGGGGGCGGUCAAGAUGGCAUGUUCCCAGCAGGAGCUCCCUACGUACACUACUGCCGCCGAUCUCGGUCGCGGAGACCGCGUUCGUCGGUGGCAAUCAAGGGGCGGUGGUGCCCACGCCAGGGAACGGGGACCGACCGGAGCUCAGCGAGGCCGAGUGCGACAUCGAUUCCCUGAAGAAGCUGAAGCUGGGCCUGAGGAGCUCCCUGUGGUCGCGGCCGAGCACUCAGAAUAAUCCCUCCUCGGAUUACUCCAUCGCUGUCUAAUCUGGCUAUCUCUCUCUCCUUCUCUGUCUCCCGCGCCCCGGUAUCACACCCUCACCAUAGCGAUCACCCCUCCUGGCCCUGUCCCUCGAGUCCGUGGGCCAAACGUUAGGUAAAUUGAUCUCUUCCCUUCAUGUCCGUCGUGGAUUCACCCGUGGCUACGCUUACUUGCGUCACGGGACAUGUUUCUAGCGACGAUAGGUAAAUUACGUUCUACUCGUUAACGAUGAUCGAAUAGAGAGAGACGUGCAUAGAUAAGAUCGCUAGGAGGAUCGAGGCAACGAGGAUGGACGGGUAUAGAAGAACAGACGCGUCGUCGUCGAGCCAAUGGAGAGAAAAAUCACACGCACGCACUCGCAUACACACACAUACACUUUUCGAAUUUAUUAAAGUCUUCACUCUCAACAUUGUUUAAUUGAGCUGUCGUGACUCGAUUUACGACUGUUUUUGUAACGAUUUUACGAUCGCAAACGCGGCUUUCGCAUUUCUCGCGCGCGUUAGCUCCUCCAGGAUAUCUAGUCAAUAAUGCAUAGCCGAUGAGGGGUGCGGGGAGAAAAUGUAGAUUUGUUCUUCUAUAAACGUAUUUCCUCGUUGAUCGAGUCGCGCGAGAGCUGGCCGGAAAAGCCGGCGUCCGACAGCGUUUUCGAGAGACGCAUCCUCCUCGUCUGUGACACGAGGCGCCAGAUAAUACACGUGCGUGGAGUGCGUGAGUGAGUUCCGUGUCCGGAUGCGUGGAUGAUCGCCGAGUCGCAUGUGCGAAUGCGUGCCAAAACGACAAUUUGCUCAGACCGCUGCGAGUCGUUCGCCAGCGGGCGAUCCAUUCGAGACCAAAGACUUAAAUCGUACGAACAGAGCACGGGAGAGUCCUUCGCGUGUUACGAGCGAGAGACGUGGCAGGCUUGCAUCCGCGACACCCUCAUCGAAAUUAUUUUCAAACGACGAAUUUCUCCUUUCAUUUGUGUCGAUUUGUCACGUGCAUAAAUUUCACGCCGCUUUUUGCAUCCUAAAUCUUCUCUUAUCGACUAUUUCUGUGACAUUUAUUGCAAUAUAUUGUUUAUACAUGUCCAGCUUGCACAUUACGAAAAGUGUUUCCGUUUUUCUCUUCCGUGUGAAUGCGUAAGAAAGCAGCCCGAAGCUCUCGCCACCCCGAGGAUGAUGCCCGUCUGUAUUCGGCGCGCAAAUAUUAGAAUCAUAAUGAAAUAUACGAAAGCGGAUCGGAGAAGACACCGCGACUCUCCCAAGUCUCCAAGACGGAUCGUCGACGGUUGGGCUCUGUUGUAAAGUUUAUAUAUGCGUACGAAUAGCACCGUUGAUUACUUUAAGUCCGUUAUUAAUUCUAAGACUUCUAUGUAGAAUGUUUUUCGUGCGCGGAGCGCGAUACGAUCGCGAGGGAAUCGAGCGCCAAUUGAAGCGCCGAGAUCACGGCGAGAUCGCACGUGAAUUUCGAUCGUGGAUUUCGGUAGAAGCGCUUGAAAAAAAAGAGAGCCGCGAAUAGUCGUCUCUCCUCUCAUUCUCUCAACAUGAAUUCUCUCCUUCUCUCUCGCUCUUGUAAUGUCGCGCACCUCGACACUUCGACGACCACGACGCGGCCAAUCCCACUGUCAUGCGACACAGGUCGAGCGCCAAUUGAAGCGCUUCCUCUCUAUCAGACUGAAACUCGAAAGUACUAAUGAAAUUGCCAUUAGUGUUAAUUAAACGCGCGCACGUGCUACCACGCGCCGAGAGUGCUUCCGAUACUUCCACACGACACUGCCAUUACGCAGACUACUUUACCAGACUACUUUUACGUGUAAAGUACCGCUUUGAGAUCGCUUUACACGCUGCGAGACCAACGGAAAAAAGGAGCGUUUUGUAACUUUUAUCUGGUCAAAGUAACGUUCCUGCCACUCGAUUUCCAGCCCUCCCUCUUUCUCGACCCCACUGCCGACAAGCGUCGCUCUAAAUAAUUAAGUAUACGGUGUUUUAUAUUCGAAUACCUGUGAUGGCGUAUAUACACUCUUCUACUUCUCAAUUAAUUCGAGCGCUUUAAGGGGAUCGCUCCGGAUUUACCGCAGACACACACACAUACAUGUGUAUUAUAUACACAUCGAGGGUAACUUUGAUCUCACGGGAACUGAGAGAAGUUAACGAGAAUUCUGAUCGCGCCGCGAAAUACCGCGAGCGAUUUUUCUUCGAGAUUUCGUGUGAAGUAACCAAUGCCAAUGAGUUUGAUGAAAGCUGCGUGCGCGACACUACGAAGACGAGGCCACAUAUACAUAAUAUAUAUACAUAGUUAUACGUAUAUAAAUACAUAUAUUUGAGUACACGGGCAUCAAGGCGCGUGCAUACCGCAUGUACGACGCUACGUUACGUUACGUUAAUGUAUAUAAGGGAAGCACGUCAAUCAAACUCGUAGUGUUCGAUUAAUUCGAUGAUGGGACGACCUUCGGAGUGGACGAAGCGCGAUUCGUCGUGGCGCGGUUGCCGGACACUCUCUCGUCGACACGAUUUUUGUACAUUUUUCUUGCGUCAUGGAACCGGACCGAGUUCUGUCAAUCGAUCCCUCGUCGCAACCCUCCCGGGACCAGUUCUCUUCGUUACCGUAAUCGCGCAAGGAUCACGCGAGGAUACGACAGCCUCGACAACAUGGAAACAAACGACCAACGAUCUCGGACAUCAACUGAUCAACGAAUUUUUUACACUGCGACGAAUUUUUUUACACGAGCCAAAUCUCGAUUAGACGGUCUUUCUAUUUAUCUGAUUGCACUCGACGCUCUGGGACGCUCAGCAAGGUCUCGCGACAGGGUGGUUUCGGUCGGUUUUUUUGUUGGACGCGACGAAACAGUUACACGGUCCUCGAAGGAUGAUGCGGUGACACAACUCAGUGCAACCCACAUCACUCUCAGCGAUAAUCCGUGCAGCUCGGAGAAUGCACUUUAAUUGUUGCAUCGAUAUGGAUGGAGGCAGGUGAACAAAUCAAACGGACAAUUGUUACUUGUGACUACGAUUAACGUCAUUGUAAAAAGGGGCAGGAGUGUAGUGCGAGAUUGCACAGGAGUCGUCGCAAGGGCUCUCGAUGAAAUUCUUUCUCCGUUCUGCGAUCGGAGGUUGUACGAUUAAAAAAAAUGUGCGAUUUAAAUUUAAACUGUAUUAAAUCUGUGGUACGGCGUUUCGAUGCAUUGUGUUGAUCGUAGAAUCGAUUAAAUAAAUUGAUAUCGUGUAAAGUA